AGAGAAUAGAAAACAGUUGAUUUUCAGUUUCUUUUUCAUUUGUUGUUUACCAAACUCUCUGAAUAUUUGUUAAUUGUCAUCGUCUUUAAUUGUGAUCACUUUCUAAAUUUACUGUUCUCAAAUCAACUCUAAUCAUGUAGUGUGAAAAUUUAUUCUUGGUGAUGAGAUUUUUUCACAUUUCUAGGUUAUUAUUUUAUUUAUUAUUCUAUUGAUUGUCAUCAAAUUAGUUGGACUAUAUAUCAUCUUAAAUAUAUAUUCUAUCAUCAUUGAUUGGAACUGUUCACUUGUGGAAAAUUAAAUUUCUCUCAUCGGUGAAGAAAAAUUGUUCGGUUAUUUGUUUGUGUUUCUCUCUCGGGAUAAAUUUUUGGUCUAAUUAACAAAUUAACGGAGAGAAAAUGUUUUCUAUUAAUAAUUUAUUCUCACAAUUAACUGUGUUACUUUGGCUUAUGUUACAUGUUAAUGCCAGAUUACAUCAUUUAACCUUAAAGGAAGAUUCAAGGCAAUAUUUUAAAGUUUCUACAUUUGGCUAUCUUUAUGGAGGAACAUUAAGAGUCAAUGUUGAUCAGUUUUCUUUUUCACCAUACGACAAGGGAUCCACUUUUGGUUUCACAUUGUUGAAAACAAUCAACGACGGAUUACAUCCUUUUGCUAAAGAGAAAGACGUUUGUAUCCUGGACCAGGAAAAUGGUAUCAAUAGAUUCGAUGAUAGCGUUGGCUUGGUUUCGAUUACAUUUGAUUUGAAAAAGAAAAAGGCAAUAUUCCGUUGUAAUCCAUUGAUGAAGCAACUGAGAAUCGUUAAAGGUUACAAUAAUUACCAAUCUGAUCGAAAGAGACGAGCAGUAAUCGCUGAUAAAAAUGAUUCCAUUGCUAUGCUUGACUCUCCAGUCGCAGAGAAAGUUGCCUCUAAAGAUUUGCAUGUUAAUAACUCUCCCGAUGUUGACCCAUCGGUUGCCCUUGAUAACAAUAAUAAUCUUGUCGAAAGCAAUGUCAAUGUCGAUAAUAACAUCAUCAACAACAACAACAACAAUAAUAAUAAUAAUAACGAUGUCAAUGUCGAUGAAACAAAAGAUUUGGAAAAUUAUUGCCAAGAACAAUCUGAAAUCGAUCUAAUUGAAAAACCAAUCGAAGGAGUUUUAACAUAUUCUUUUGAGUUCCAUACCUUUAUUACCGAUGAUUCUCUGGUUGGAUUGUACAGUUUAUACUUUCAUAGUUGUCCAAAUUAUCGAUCUCACCAAAGAAAUUUUCGUGAAGCAACUUUCAUCAACCUUUCCAUGGUCAUUGAAGAGAAAAAUUAUGACAAUUAUCUCUCUGCCGGUGAAAUUCCCUUACCACAACUAUACUUUACUCUGUCCGUUGUUUUCUUCAUUCUCGGUAUAAUUUGGUUCCAAGUUAUUCGAACUCGAAAAGACGAUGCCUUUAAAAUACACUAUCUUAUGGGAGCUCUUGUUUUCGUCAAAGCUUUAGCCUUACUUUUCCACUCUAUUGAUUAUCAUUUCAUUGAUCAAUUUGGAUCACAAAAUGAAACCUGGGCCAUUCUCUAUUACACUACGCACUUUUUUAAAGGAGCUCUUCUUUUUAUCACCAUUGCCUUGAUAGGAACUGGAUGGGCCUUUGUUAAACACAUACUAAGUGAUAAAGAAAAGAUAUUCAUGAUUGUUAUUCCAUUACAGGUUUUAGCUAAUGUAGCUGAGAUUAUCACUGAGGAAAGUGAGGAAGGACAAUUUAUGCAUAAUAUUUGGAGAACAGUUUUUCUUCUUGUAGAUUUAAUCUGUUGUGGAGCAAUUUUAUUCCCAAUUGUUUGGUCCAUCAGACAUCUACAAGAAGCAUCUCAAACGGAUGGAAAGGCGGCCAUAAAUCUCAGAAAAUUGAAACUUUUCCGUCGAUUCUAUGUUAUGAUUGUUUGCUAUAUCUAUUUUACCAGAAUUAUCGUUUUCAUCCUCAGAUUAAUUGUUCCAUUUCAGUUUGAAUGGCUUGAUGUCUUCUUCCAACACGUUGCCACCUUAUUGUUUUUCAUAUCAACUGGAUAUCAUUUCCAGCCAACUCAUAGUAAUCCAUAUUUCCAAUUAUCACAAGAAGAUCUUGAAAUGGAAGAAGUCUUGUUCAAUGUGACACCUAACGUAUACAUUGCCAGUUCGACCAAGAAACGAAUCAAGGAAAAGGAUAACGAAACUUCAGAGGAUCGGCAUUCGCUAUUAACCAAACGAGAUAAUAGUCACGAGUUUGAAUGAUCAAGAAAAUUGUUUAUUUUGGUAGUAAACGAUAAAAGGUGUAAAAAUUAAAAUUCUUUCAAAAUUUUGAUAAAUUUUACAAAAGUAAAAAAAAAAAGAUUCAAAAAUGAUAACAUAAAGAAAAUCUCUAUUGUAAUUAUCCGUUGUAAUACAAAUCUAAAUCCUAACGGUCAAAAGAGAACUACAAUUCAAAUUAAUCGUUUGAAAACAAAUCACUGA